CAUAUGGGGCAUCCAUGUACAGUCUAUCCCAGCAGGGUGGCCCUGGGAAAAGGAAGAAGGAUGAAGGUUUUCAUGGGGAAGACGAAGCACAGGCAUCCCUCAGCGACCAAGAAGAGCAGGCACUCGCAGCGGUGCGGGUCCGGGUUGUGCUGCAGCUCCUGCCGGCUCAGCGUCUCCUCUUCCUCCUCCGAGGGCGUCAACACCUCCGACGACUCCGAGCAACUCCACUCCUUGUCCAACCUCGCGCAUGGCAUGGUGCAGGCCAGACUGCAGCAGAUGAUCAACCAGUGGGAGCCUCCUCGCAGAAGAAGGCAUAUGGUUGGCGAAAGAAGUAGCGGUGGCUGCGUCGUCUUGAUAGCCAUGGAUAAGAGGUCUUAUGACCCCAAGGGAGAUUUCAAGAUGUCCAUACAGGAGGUCAUCAAGUCCAAGAGGAUGGAGGAGCCAAGAGAGCUGCGGAGCCUCUUGAACUGCUACAUGUCAGUGAACUCCCCAGAGCAUCGCCAGGUUAUUCUUGAAGCCUUCCACGAGGUGUGCUGCACACUCUUUCACUGUAGUAGGGAGUACUAGAGCACGAGUAACUGUAAAGAAUCUUGUAGCUAUCGUUCAAUUUAAUCCUUUUCAAGUAGCUGUAAUGCGUGUCGAAGACCGCCGAUAGUAGCGGCAUCCGUUUCUUUUCUCGGCAUCAUCAUCACCAUGGUAGCAGCUUCGUCUAUGUGAGAAUUACUGGCGUGGGUUCGAACGAGCCAAGCACAUGUAGACCGGAUCAAUUCCUGUGUCUCUCAACCAAAAGACCCGGCAGGCCUGUUCGUGACGAGGAAGUCGCUGCAUGCCCGCGUGUUUCCCGGCCAUGUCCGAAGCAGUACACCGUUUCCUCAGCCUGUCAACGCCACAACACUCGGAGUAACCGUGCUGGGGCCCCUCGAGGUGCCGUCCCCAAUUGGGUUGGCUAUGAUCCGAUGUCGAUCCAAUCAAUAAGAAUUGGACGGACGGGAUCGUGUGAAUCGAGAUGCCUUUACCGCCUUAUUUAACGGCUUUAUAACUACCUUGCCAAGAUUAGCCGACGGGAGACGGAGUUGUCUCCGUGUCGGCUGCAAGAGAGGGAGGGGCGAAACCACGCGAGGGCAAACUACACAUUUCUUGACCAUCCGAUUCGGUCGCUUUGGGGUUUUCUUUCCAGCACAGCAUAAAAAAAGGUGAGAGGAGAGGAGAAGAGAGGAGCGCAAAGAAGGGGAAUCGAUGGGCUACGAUUCGAUGGCCAACGUUGGUGCGGUUCCGUCGAUGGUCUCCGGCAAGAAGAGGAGGGGGAAUCGAUCGGCGAAGCUUAAGCAAUGCAAACUCGACGCCCGUCGUGAGCAAUGGCUCUCCCAAGUUAAUGGUGGUAAGGAUGAUUGCAAGGUCACAAGAUUGGCCACGUCUCUACAUCUGCUCCAUCCACUCCGGGCUCCGACGGGCAAGAUCGACUCGAAGACGAAGGCAGGUGAAGAUGAACGAGAUGAUAUGCCCUUGCAUGAACGCAACGGGUUGGACUCCCCAACCCACAACCCUGUGAUGGGGAAUCAUCAUAAAAGAAAUAACUCUCCUAGCAAUAGUGUAAGCAGCAGAAGCAGCAGCGUGAAUUCCACCUCGAGAAGCUUUACUGAUGGCGAAAGGGAAGAGCAUCCUGAAGGAGGAGGGGAAGGAAACGGUGUCCUUGAUGAUUGGGAAGCAGUCGCCGAUGCCUUGUCUGAAGACGUUGGGAGGGACGACCGUCAUCAUUGUCAUCAUCCUGAUCCAGUAGUUACCUACAUCGUGCCAGCUGCCUCGUCUGGCAUCCUAGGUGAGGCCCCUCUUGGAGGGAGCACCAUGAAGCUGAAGCCUGUCCGGAGCACACAAAGAGCUUGGAGGCCAGACGACACAUCUCGUCCUCAGAGCCUGCCUAGUAUCUCUAAAAAGUGCAUCUUCCCAUGGAAUGCAGAACGAGACCAUUUGGUUUCCCGGCAAAGCAGCAUCCUUUCCUUGCCGUCCCGCUGUCCUAUCUGCUACGAGGACCUGGAUCUGACAGACUCGAGCUUCCUUCCCUGUUCCUGCGGAUUCCGACUUUGCCUCUUCUGCCACAAGAAGAUCUUGGAAGCAGAUGGCCGUUGCCCCGGAUGCAGGAAGCAGUAUGACUAUAUGUCGAGUGGUGGAGUCGAAUAUGGCAGGAACACAACUUCUAUAAUUCCGGUUGUCCCGUUUGUGUAGUAUGAGUUCAAAACAUAGAAUAGGCAGGGCGAAUUUUAAGUUCUACCUUUCUAUCGAAAUGAUUGGUGUCAGAUUAUUACAGAAAGUUUAUAGCUUGCCGAAAGAAAUAAUUGUGAAUACAUAUAAGGAUUUUUAGUGUGGUGUUUGGAAUAUUGAGUCUGUCUAUGAAUUCUAUUUAUAAAGGGCAAGUGUUGCAUGUC